AUGUCGAGGACGAGGGAGAGCGCGCGCGCGAUCGCCCGCGCGAUUCGAUGGAAGCGCGCGUGGACGUCGAUGGGUGACGGCGUCGCGAGCGCGCGCGAUGGAUGCCGGGGCGUGGAUGGAUUCGGAGGGACGACGCCGGGACGGACGACGGCGAGGACGACGGCGAGGACGACGGCAUGGACGACGCGGAUGAAAUCGAGCGAUGCGGCGGACGCGCGCGCGUUGAGAAGGAACAUUGGAAUCUCGGCGCACAUUGAUAGCGGGAAGACGACGCUCACGGAACGCAUCUUAUUCUACACGGGACGCAUCGAUUCGAUACACGAGGUGCGAGGGAAGGACGGAGUGGGAGCGAAGAUGGACUCCAUGGAACUCGAGCGAGAGAAGGGGAUCACGAUUCAGUCGGCGGCGACGUAUUGCCAAUGGAAGGAUUCGCCGAUCAACAUCAUCGAUACGCCGGGACACGUGGACUUUACCAUCGAGGUCGAGCGGGCGCUGCGCGUGCUCGACGGCGCAAUUCUCGUGCUGUGCUCCGUCGGUGGCGUCCAGUCGCAGUCUAUCACGGUUGACAGGCAGAUGCGUCGGUACGGUGUCCCGAGGUUGUGCUUUGUGAACAAGUGCGACAGAGCGGGCGCAAAUCCGUGGAAGGUGCUCAGUCAAGUCCGAGAAAAGUUAAAGCUUAACGCCGCCGCGGUGCAAAUUCCUAUCGGAUUGGAAGAUCAACACGAUGGAGUCGUCGAUUUAGUGCGCAUGAAGGCGGUGACGUUUUCUGGUUCGAACGGAGAGACACUGACUUGGGCCGACGUCCCGGAUAACCUCAAGGAACUCGCCAAGGAAAAGCGCAAGGUUCUCAUCGAAAGCGUCGCUGAGGUGGACGAGGAGUUGGGGGACUUGUUCUUAAUGGGUGAGCAGCCCACGGAAGAGCAGCUCAAGGCGGCGAUCAGACGGGCGACGGUAUCGAACCAGUUCGCCCCGUUGUUCAUGGGUAGCGCGUACAAGAAUCGGGGCGUGCAACUCCUCUUGGAUGGCGUCACUGAUUAUCUCCCCAACCCCUCCGAGGUUAAGAAUAUCGCGUUGGAUCUAAAGAAUAAUGAAGAACCGGUCGUCGUCGCCGAUGAUCCGUCCGCGCCGCUCGUUGGUUUGGCGUUCAAACUCGAGGAGGGUCGUUUUGGUCAGCUCACGUACCUUCGUAUCUACCAGGGCAAGAUAGAAAAGGGCAUGACGAUCACCAAUACGUCCAGCGGUAAGAAGCUCAAGGUUCCCCGUCUUGUGAGAAUGCACAGUGACGAUAUGGAAGACGUGAGCUCUGCGUCUGCUGGCGAUAUUGUCGCACUCUUUGGCGUCGACUGCAAGAGCGGUGACACGUUCACAGAUGGUACUGUGAAUCUUGCAAUGACUUCCAUGCGGGUUCCAGAGCCGGUCAUGUCCCUCGCAGUGAGCCCGAAAAGUAAAUCUGAUGGCGGGAACUUUAGCAAAGCUCUUCAACGCUUCCAAAAGGAAGAUCCCACGUUCCGCGUACACAUGGAUGAAGAGAGCGGCCAAACCAUCAUCAGUGGCAUGGGUGAGUUACAUCUCGAUAUUUACGUCGAGCGCAUGCGACGUGAAUACAAAGUCGACUGUGAGGUUGGUCAGCCGCGUGUUAACUACAGAGAAGCCAUCACGAAGAGAGCAGACUUCGAUUACUUGCACAAGAAGCAAUCUGGUGGCCAAGGCCAAUAUGGUAAGGUUGUUGGUUACAUUGAGCCGUUGCAAGAGUCUACGGAUGUCAUCUUCGAGAACGGUAUUGUCGGUAACGCCAUCGCACCGUCUUUCAUUCAAGCUGUAGAAAAGGGUUUCAAAGAGGCGGCGCAAACCGGUGGUCUACUCGGUUACCCAGUGGAGGGCAUCAGAGUUGUGUUGACGGACGGCCAAUCGCACGCUGUUGAUUCUUCUGAAUUGGCGUUCAAGCUCGCCGCGCUCGCGGCUUUCCGACAAGCGUUCCACAGCGCUAAUCCAAAAUUAUUGGAGCCAAUUAUGAAGGUAGACGUGACGAUCCCGUCCGAAUUCCAAGGCACUGUGAUAGGGAACGUGAACCGUCGUAAGGGGACCAUCAAUGACACUUCUGCAGAUGGUGACGACGUCAUCGUCAGCGCAAACGUGCCCUUGAGCCAAAUGUUCGGGUAUAGUACUGAGUUGCGAAGUAUGACGCAAGGUAAAGGGGAGUUCACGAUGGAGUACAGCGCCCACCAAGCUGUGACACAGGACGUGCAGGCAGAGUUGAUCAAUUCAAUGGGAAAAAAAUAA